GAUCGCUUCGAAUCUCAUUAUCAACAGCCUUUCGAGAGCUCAUCCGAGCUCGCGUAGACUUGGGAAAGCAGAACGCGUGUCGGAUUCAUUCGCUGGGUUUCCCCCGUUUCUCCGACUCGUCCCGAGUCCCGGGUUCGCGAACAGCUGUCCCGGCGCCUCGUGCGCACGUCACUUCCACCUCUGAUCAUCGCGUGGCGAAAUCCCAAGGUCCACGCGCGGGUCGGUCCAUGACCAAAGAUCAAAGGUGGUCGAAAUGCUUGACGUGUGUCGCGGAGUGUCGGCGCGGCGCGAAUUCAGUCAUUCGUCGAUCGUUUCGAAGCCCACCUUCCGAUCUCUUCUUCUCGCUUUUAUGCAACACGCAAACCCUAUCCUUUAUACCUCGACGCCACGUACACGGCACACUCGCGAGUGAGACUUGGUGGAGAAGUGCGACGCAGAGAAGAACAGACGGUACGCGCGCAUACACAUUCACACCUAUAUAUAACGCGGACACUCACAUCAUUCUUCAUACCGACACUCUUGAAUCGUGCGUAGUGAUAAUUUCCUCUCCCGCGAUCGCGUGGUGGGAAAAGCGUACGACAGCCGGCUGGAAGUGAUCUCGGUGAGCAGGAAAGUGGCGAAGAGGAACUGCAGUCGUUUUGUCACGAAACUCGUUAGUGUCGAUUAAUCCGCAUCGCGCACAGAGAAGCAUCUCGCCGGGUGAAGUGUUGAUCUUGGAAGAGUAAGAACGACCGGAUAGAGAACCGCCACCAUGAUCGUGGACGAUAAACAGGAAAUGGAAGGUUUCUGGAUCUAUGGCGCGAUCCACGCGAUCAAGGCUCUGUCGUACGUGUACGACUUGCUGACCUUCCCCGUGUAUCUCAUACUUCAGCGACCAUGGGAGAAGCGUAAGGCUUCCAGGAGGAUCAAGGCCCGUCCAAUCUCCAAAGAUGAUAACCAGAUCACUUACAGAGGCGUCGAUUCUCCUAAAUCGAUGCACAUCAUGCUUGAACGUGAAAAAGUUGAUACUCUGGAAAAGAUACUUCUUUGCGUUGUCAAAAUGUACGGCAAUAAGAAGUGCCUUGGUACCAGACAAAUCUUAGCAGAGGAAGAUGAGCCUCAACCUAAUGGCAGAAUCUUCAAAAAGUAUAAAAUGGGAGAGUACAAAUGGAAGUCAUUUAGCGAAGUCGAAAAGUUGGCCUCUUCCUUCGGCCGAGGUUUAGUAGAACUCGGUAUGAAGCCACGUAAUAAUAUUGUUAUCUUCGCCGAGACGAGAGCGGAAUGGAUGAUAGCGGUACAUGGAUGUUUCAAACAGAAUUUUACCGUGGUAACGAUAUACGCGACUUUAGGCGAUGAAGCUAUUGCUCAUGGUAUCAACGAAACCGAAGUAGAUACUGUCAUUACUAGCCAUGAACUUCUGCCAAAAUUCAAGCGUCUGCUAGACAUGAUACCGGAAGUCAAGAAAAUUAUCUAUAUGGAAGAUCAACUCAAACCGACUAGCACCAAAGGUUACAAGGAUGGAGUGCAAUUGUUAUCCUUCGCCGAUGUUAUCGAAAUGGGCAAUAAAUCAAGUGCGAGUGCUAAUUCACCAAAGAAUGAUGAUACCGCUAUAAUCAUGUAUACGUCUGGUUCGACGGGAGUGCCGAAAGGCGUCCUUCUCUCUCACAACAAUAUCAUUAGCAGUCUAAAAGCAUUUUCCGAUGUUGUAGAGAUUAGCUCAGACGACAUUUUUCUCGGUUUCUUGCCAUUGGCCCAUGUCCUCGAACUACUGGCCGAAAGUGUGUGUCUUUUAACCGGAGUGCCCAUUGGUUAUAGCUCACCGCUUACACUGAUUGAUUCGAGUAGUAAGAUUCAGAGAGGAUCGAAGGGUGAUGCUUCCGUCCUACAUCCAACUUGCUUAACUGCAGUACCGCUUAUUCUCGAUCGAAUUUCCAAAGGAAUAAACGAAAAAGUGAAGAAAUCUGGUCCAUUUAGACAAGCUAUUUUUAAUUUUGCAUAUGAAUACAAAUUAAAAUGGACGAAACGAGGCUAUGAAACGCCUCUUUUCGACAAGUACAUCUUCGGAGCCGCGAAGCAAGUACUAGGCGGUCGUGUUAGACUUGUGCUCUCUGGAGGCGCUCCGCUCAGUCCGGAUACUCAUAAUCAAGUGAAACUUUGCCUAUGCGUCACCGUAACUCAAGGAUAUGGACUCACAGAAACGACUUCUUGCGCAACCGUUAUGGACACGUAUGAUAGAACUACCGGAAGAGUUGGAGCACCUACUACGGUUUGCGAUAUCCGGUUAGAGAAUUGGGAAGAAGCUGGUUAUCGAGUCAAAGAUCAUCCACAUCCCAGAGGAGAAAUCGUGAUCGGUGGAGACAUAGUUUCCGCGGGUUACUAUAAAUUGCCGGAUAAAACGAAGGAAGAUUUCUUCCAAGAGGAUGGCAGACAAUGGUUCCGAACAGGUGAUAUCGGCGAAUUUCAUGCAGAUGGUUCUAUCAAAAUUAUUGAUCGAAAGAAGGACUUGGUUAAAUUACAACUCGGCGAGUACGUUUCUUUGGGUAAAGUUGAGGCCGAGUUAAAGACUUGUCCUGUCGUAGAAAAUAUAUGCGUUUAUGGCGAUGCGAAUAAAGCGUACACAGUGGCAUUGGUUGUACCUAAUCAGCAUUAUUUAGAAGAAAUUGCUAAUAAUCUAGGCAUAAUUGGAAAGAAUCUCGAGGAACUCUGUAACAGUCCACAGAUCGAGAAAGCGGUACUUCAAGAACUUGUUGAGCAAGCAAGGAAAUGUAAGCUCCAAAGGUUUGAAAUACCCGGUGCGGUGAAGUUGUGUGCAGAACAAUGGUCACCCGAUAUGGGUCUGGUCACUGCGGCGUUCAAACUCAAGAGGAAAGCGGUUCAGGAACGUUAUCAACAUGAAAUUAAUAGGAUGUAUGCCUCGUGAUGUUCCGCCAUAGGAUGCACUAAAUGUUGCGUAUAAUGGGGAUUUAAAUCUAAGAAAUUACCUUGUCCAACAGACGGUACCUCGAUAAUUCAUAGAUACAUAUAAACAUUGUCAUAAACUCAUAUUUUACACUGGUCACGGUGCCAAGCUCGUGGCAAUCGCGUGUGCAAUCGUAAUGAUAAUCAAAAAAUCUCUGCAUUCUUUGAGUGAUUUUCUCGAUUCCGUCAUUUGAUUAAUGAUCCACUGACGUUUCAUCAAAUUGUCGUUAAUUCAUUUAAUUGAGUCGAGAAGUUUAUUUGUAGAACGUUGAGACCUUUUGAUCUAAAAAUGAAAGUAUCGCUUUUUUAAGGCAUUUUUUCAUUAGGUCUUCCGAGCGCGAUAAAUUUUUUGCAAUUUUACAUCGGUAUCGAUUGUUACACACGAGUCGAGUAUUUCGAUUUCGUGAUACGAAAUCGAUGGGAUUUCUUAUGUAUCACUUUCCGUAUUCACUUUACGUAUGCAUUAUCAAUGAUAAAUGGAUAUCAUAAAGUUAUAGUAGUGCGAUAUUGGAAAAAGAUAAUGGUACAAGACGAUUUUUCACUGGGAAAGUUGUCGUCAUAUUCCCUCUAUUUUUCGAUAAUUUUUCAUUAUGUCAUUCGAUUCGCGCAUUUCAGUAGUGCACCUAUCUAAUUGUUGGUGUUAAUGGGCCAGUCACGAUAUCUUUGCGAACGAGCUGGUUUCAGCUUCACAACUCGUAUGGUGUACUUAUUUUGAGUGUCAUUCAAAAUUCGUUCAGUUUUUAGAGGGGACGGAAUGUUUGAAAAGGAUCUUUCCGAAGGGUCUUUCGUUUUCUUACGAAUAAUAUAUCAUGUACAUAUAGAAAAGAAACGAAAAAAUAAGGCUGUUCGUGUUCGGCACGUAUAGAUCAAUUUCAAUAAGGAAAUUUUAAUAAUAUAUUGUGUAAAUUAAAAUUUCUCUCUCAUCGAUACUACCACUUAACAUUAUACUCUUAUACCGUCUGUCUAGUAAUUUGUCGACGUACUCUGCCUACUUUUCGAAAUAUUAAUUCAAGCAUCACAAUAUUUCUCCCAGCAACAGAGAGAAUAUUUUUGUGUAUAUGUGUAUGUGCGAGUGUAUGCGAGAGUGUUUGAUUUUCAUUGUUGUAUGCUUGUAUGCACAUAUAUGUCUAUAAGAAAAAGAUUAGGAAGUAAAACGUAUGUGAGCUUAUAAAAAAAAUCAUGUUUUACAAAUAUGUAAUUGUUCUUUACUGUUAAUUUUCCAUGCGCGUGUCUCUCUCUGGCGGUUCGAGUCAUACGACUGAAUUUAUGUAUAUUUCAAGGCAGAACUAUAUAUUUAAAAUAUUUUAAGACAUCUUGAAAUAUAUCUUGCUUCUUCAUUUGUUUGAAUAAAUGAAAUUUUGCUAC